UAACUACUAAUCAAAGCAACAGGAGAAGAAAAGAACGCGGACGGCACAGUGGCGUCAUUUCAUUGUUCAUUCAUUAGUAUCGAGGCCUACGUCUCUUUAUAGGAUACACAGAAUUCAUCAUGGUGAAAAUUUUUAUUGGCAACCUUGCCUGCAAUGCCACAGCAGAGGAGCUACGGGAACUCUUCGAGAAGUACGGCAAAGUCACAGAAUGUGACACUGUCAAAAACUACGGCUUUGUACACAUGAGCAACAUGAGCGAGGCAGAGGAGGCCAUCAAAAACCUCCACCAGCACCAGCUGCACGGCUGGCGCAUGAAUGUGGAAAUGAGCAAAGGGAGGCCUAAGUCCACCACCAAACUGCAUGUCAGCAACCUCGGGGAAGAGGUCACUAGUGACGUUUUGAGAGCCAAGUUUGAAGAGUUUGGCCCAGUGGUGGAGUGUGACAUUGUUAAGGACUAUGCCUUUGUUCACAUGGAGCGAGUCGAGGAUGCAAUGGAAGCCAUCAGUAAGCUGGACAACACAGCCUACAAAGGCAAGCUGAUGAGCGUACAGCUAUCCACCAGUCGGCUUCGCACUGCCCCGGGAAUGGGAAAUCAUACGGGCUGCUUUGUCUGCGGGAAACACGGCCACUGGUCGAAAGACUGUCCAGUCGCUCGGAACGGUAGCCACAGUGACAGCAUGAGAGGCCGCGGCGCCCGGGCCCCGCCACACGGUCUCCCAAGUUAUGGCAGCUACGGGAUGGCCUCACCUGCAGCAGCUGAUUACAUGGGUGGCUCUGCAUAUAGUCCGGCUAGUUACGUAGGUGGGUUGCCUCCACCUCUUCCCCACAGGCUUAGCGGCUACGCCUCUGAGCCAGGGGAUCGGUACGGCAGCAGAGCACCAGGCUCCUAUGCUGAUAGGUCACCAGCCUUUGAUCGUGACCAUCUCUAUAGCAGCGUCAACUAUUAUGAGAAGUACAGAGCUCAUCCUUUUGGCUCAAGCUAUUUUGAGGAUCGGCGCAUGUCCUACCUUCCCCCUCCCCCACCUUCCUCCAUCUCAAAGCUCUCAUCCAGUGUAGAUCCCUUUGAGCGUCAGGCCCUGCCUCCGCCUCAAGCGCCUGCCGCAUGCUACACAGGUGAGCACACCCCGACCAGACGAGCAGCUGUCCCAUCAGCUGGCUUUGCCUAUGAGCGAACGCAACUGUCGCCUGCCUCUGCCUCCAGGAGCUCAUACACAGCUGCACGACCCAAGGGUCAUUAUGCAUCACGUUAUGCGCCUUACUAAAGCCAGGUCUGUCUGUGAACUGCAAGACUUUUCCUUUGCCGUCACUUCAAGUGUGAUUCCUUCAGUCUGCGUUGAUGUACGGCAAAGAGACUCUGUUUGGAAAAUGGUGUCCGUAUCUUCUAGGCAUCUGAGAUGCCAGUGGCCUGCAGAUGACUCGUCCUUUUCAGCCAUGUUCCCCUAGCUUGUUUUCUGAAGGGGCGAUUAGCAAAUGUCACACUUUGACAUUUUUCUUACUCUGCAGGUUUUCAGCUCGGGUUUUAGCCAAGUCUUUCUUUCUUUACAUGUCUCUCAUCAUUUGUUGCAAAUUGUUCAAAUCGGCAAAUAAUAAUUUUUGGUCUUUCUUUGUCAUUUAGACAUAUUCUUGUUCAGUUAAUACAUGUUUUGUUUUUUAAGAUUGCAUGAAGCAUACCUCAUUCCACAUAAUGGCAUAGGUUACCUGUUGCACAGAAGAAUUGGAUUUUGCCCUUUCACACAUUUGAAAUGUGUGUCAGUAAAAGGAAUUUGGAUAAAGAGAAAAAAGUGUUACAAAUGAUCAUCAUUGCUGCAGCGGGCGGUAACUCUCAAUGUGUAUUCUAUCACAGGUAAAGCCAGACGUGUGGAAUCGAAUGGUGCAGCGUUUCCCUCUGUAGUGGAUUAAAAGGCUAAAAGCAGCAGCAGGGAAAUGGAUGUGUGUGCAGUCUAGCGUUCAGUUAGCAUUUACAGAGGGAUACUUUGAGUUUAAACCAAAGUUAAGCCUGGAGAUCAUAAACAUUCCAGCUUUUUUCUCAUUUAAAUGUGUCUGUGGGUUCUGCUAUUUGUUCGUUUUCUAAUAAUUGAGGUGUCUGCUGGGCUAAAAUUCUUCAACUAAGUGACACCAAAGUGAGACUGCUAGCUGAUAUGGAUUGUGCAACUGACAAACGGUUUUCUUCCCGAUGAUAGUGGUGCUGACUGCCUGUAGCCAACAACAGAAACGAGCCACGGUGUGUGAGAUCUCUAUUGUAUCCAUGUAACACUGAGUAGGAACAAGUCUGUGGGGGGACGGAGCAGAGCUGUAGAAGUUGUGAGGCACGUCCUGUGUACUGUUGAAGGUGCCUUUCCUUGUUUUGCUUAUGAGUGGAUUUGAAGUUUGUAUUUUUCAUACUAGCUGAAAAAAUAUUAAUAUACCUUUUAAAAAAAAUCUGAAGUUAAUGAUUUUUAAUAAAGCCAAAAUUAUUUUGGUCAUGCU